CUUACCAAGGCCAAAAUAAUUCAGAUUUUGUUCAAACCAGCAUGAGUCUCGAAAACGUUACGUGUCCUGCCUCAAAUGGCACAUUUUUAUGUCUUUCACCAUAUUUUUCAUAGAAUAUAACAUGUCAUUUACCAUGAUAUAUAUCGUAUGCUUAUUAUGUUUCAUUCUUUUUUUUUUCGUAAUGUGUUUUUGUUGGUAUGUAACAGUUUUGUUUACUGAAGAACAAGAAGCCCUAGUUGUUAAAUCAUGGAAUGUCAUGAAAAAGAACUCUGCUGAACUAGGUCUCAAGUUGUUCUUGAGGAUAUUUGAGAUUGCACCAACAGCAAAGAAAAUGUUCUCUUUUGUAAGGGACUCGAACGUUCCCUUGGAGCAAAACCCAAAGCUCAAAGCCCAUGCUAUGUCUGUUUUUGUAAUGACGUGUAAAUCAGCUGCUCAGCUUAGAAAAGCAGGGAAAGUAACUGUUGGUGAGUCUACCUUGAAGCAUAUGGGGUCAGUCCACCUAAAAUAUGGAGUUGUAGAUGAACAUUUUGAGGUGACUAGAUUCGCGUUGCUGGAAACAAUAAAAGAGGCGGUUCCAGAGAUGUGGUCGCCGGAGAUGAAGAAUGCUUGGACGGAAGCUUUUAAUCAGUUGGUUGCUGCUAUUAAGGCUGAAAUGAAGCCUUCAUCUACAGCUUAAGUUCACUUGGAAAAUAAACUUGCUUUUGACACUAUAUAAGUUCAUUUUUAUACACAAUAUAAUGUUUCAUACUCCAUAAUCAAUAAUGUACAAUUGUUGUAUAAUAUAUAUUCCGUCUUACAUUCGAAUAACCAAUAUCAUCAUUAUUUCUUUUGUUGUAAAUCUCUUAAACUUUAUCGGAUCAUAUAACAUUAGAUCGAAUAUGUAUAUGACAUGAAGACAUACGUUGCUACAAGUCUACAAUCAUUAAG